UAAGACCGAGAGGGUGUCUGUCUCUCUCUGUCUCAACCAUUUCCCCCUUCACUCAGGACCCCCCUUUCUGCACAUCUCAUAUCAGUGACCUUAUCACUGCCUUCCUUUGGGAGGUGCUGGAAAAGUCCAGCAAGGGGAAUUUACCAAGAGGAUAAUGACCAAAAGUCCAGCUUGUAUUUUACAAAACUGAGAUUUUCUUCAAAUACAAAUACAGUGGAGUACAGCAACUUCAGCUCAGGGUGUCCUCUUUUUUUCCUCUGAAGAUGAGGAGGCAUCGGUUGUUACCGCUAUGUGCCCUUCUGGGUGUCCUGUUUACAGGAUUCCUCCCUAAACUUGAUGCUCAGGAAGCGCAAGAUUCAGCUGACCUUGUACUCUUAAUUGAUGGAUCACAGAACGUUGGAGCCGCAAACUUCCCAUUUGUGCGUGAUUUGGCUUUGAGAAUCAUUGAGCGCCUUGAUGUGGGCAGGGACACUAUUCAGGUGGCAUUGGCCCUGUACAACGCCAACCCAGAGAUAAAGUUCUAUCUUAAUAGCUAUGACAGCAAAGCAUCAGUCCUGGAAGCUGUGAAGGGACUUUCCUACUCAGGGGGCGAUGAAUCUAACCUGGGCGCCGCUUUGGAGGAAGUUGCCGAGAGCCUUUUGAGCCAAGCAGCUGGGGGCAGGGCAGAGGAGGCUGUUCCCCAGAUGUUGGUGGUUAUCAGUGCUGGGCCAUCCACUGACGAUACUGGCGCUGGUGACCGGGCCCUUAAGAGGGCUGGCGUUAUCACAUUUGGUGUGACGAUUGGUGAUACUGCCACUGCAGAUCUGGAAACAGUUGCUACAGAUAAAAGUUUUGUCCUGUCAGCUCCUGAUUUCAGAACAGUGGCAAGUUUGGGUGACCAGCUGAACCCAUACAUUAAUGGGGUGGUCCAACGCACCAUUAUAGUUCAAAAUGAGUUCACAGAAGUCUUGACAGUUGGAAAAAGAGACAUCAUUUUCCUCAUUGACAGUACAAUGGGUUCAACACUUAUCAACUCCGUGCGUGAAUUCAUCAAACGGUUUGUCGACACCAUGCCAGUUGGUCCAGAUGAAGUUCAAGUGGGUGUGGCCCAGUUCAGCAAUGCUCCUAGACUUGAGAUGGACCUCAAUUCCCAUGGAUCCAGGGAGGAAGUGACCGCUGCUUUAGGGAGAAUUAAACCAAAACCAGGACCGACAGUCAACAUUGGAGCAGCCUUGGACUUUGUGCGGACAAACAUGCUGCUGCCUGAGAAGGGCAGCCGUAUGCAACAGGGAGUACCUCAGCUUGUUCUGUUGAUGACCAGUAAAAAGUCCAGUGACAGUGUGGAAGGACCUGCUAGGGCCCUGCAGCAGAUAGGCGUACUGACCCUGGCUGCAGGUUCCAAGGCUGCAAAUGAACAGGAGCUGCAGGAGAUCGCCUUUACUGACAGCCUUGUGUUCAUGCUGAAAGACUUCCGCAUUCUGCUUCGCAACCCAAGGGCAAUUACUGAUGCUCUCUCUACUUUAGCUGGAGUGAUGGUGGCGCCUGAAGUACCCACUGAACCAGUGAUAGAGAUAACCACAGUGCAGACUCAAAAAGUGGUCCGAGACAUUGUCUUCCUUGUGGAUGGGUCAAACUACAUUGGCAGCACUAACCUACCCUAUGUGCGGGACUUCAUUAUCAACGUGGUCAACCAGCUGGAUAUACGUCCUGACAGGGUCCAGAUUGGUCUCCUGCAGUUUUCUGAGCAACCACAGAUUGAAUUUUAUCUGAACACCUUCCGUAGCAGGCAAGAAGUUGUGGAUAGAAUCUCACAACUCAGUCUCACUGGAGGCUCAGUCUUGAAUACAGGAGCUGCCAUGAAUUAUGCCCUUGCCAACAUGUUCAAGCCAUCAACAGGGUCACGGAGGAGGGAUGGAGUCCAGCAGGUGUUGGUUCUGAUCACAGGUGGUCCAGCACAGGAUGAGAUUAAAAGUGUAGCCGAUAAAUUGGCUCUGGGUGGUGUUUUGACCUUCACAGUCAGUUCUGGACAAGCAGAUAGUACCUUACUGAGAUCAGUUGCCUUUGUGCCAGAUUUGGCUUACCAUGACACAAGCUUCGCUAAUUUACCAGCUAUGGCUGAACAAAUCAUGCCAAAGUUGAUAACAGUGGUUGGCGAUACAGAUGUGACAGUGCCAUUCCCAGUCACUGUUCCUGGAGGUGAAAGGGAUGUUGCUUUCCUCAUUGAUGGCACGGACAGUGUUCGAGCAGACUUUGCCUACAUAAAGGAUUUUAUCAUUAAAGUAAUUGAACCACUUAAUAUUGGGAUUGACAAGGUACGAGUUUCUGUGGUUCAACACAGUGAGAGGCCAACACCAAGUUUCUUCCUUAACAGUUAUCAAACCAAAGAUGAGGUGUUGAGAGCUGUUAAUGCAAUGACACUGUCUGGUGGACGUAGCCUAAACACUGGAGCUGCUCUGAGAUACAUGAAGGACACCAUCUUGUCAGAAAGGCAAGGUAGCCGGGCUGCACAAAAUGUCCCCCAGUUCUUGAUUGUCUUGAUUGGAGGCAAAUCAAGGGAUAACGUGAAGGAACCUGCUGGUGCCCUGAAGACGGAAGGAGUCGUACCAUUUGGUGUUGGUGUCAAGGAUGCGGACCGAAAGCAGAUUGAGGCCAUUUCACACAACCCUGCCUUUGCCUUCAGUGUGAGCGAAUUCAGUGAGCUUAGCACCGUGCCACAGAAACUCAAUACCUACGUGAGCCUUCCAAGUCAAGAGCUCCAGAUCGUCCUACAGCAAGUACAAAGUGAUGCUGUAAAAAGAGAUAUUGUGUUCCUACUGGAUGGCUCUGAUAACACAAGAAAUGGAUUCCCAGAGAUAAAACUCUUUGUUAAGAGCAUAGUGGAGAGUCUCUCUGUCAGUGAGAACCAAGACAGAGUGUCUGUGGUUCAGUUUGCUGAUAACCCCGAUGUCAACUUUUAUCUGAAUUCUCACAAGACAAAGAAUGACAUUAUGAAUGCCAUAGAUAAUUUAAAGCACAAGGGUGGCAGACGCCUUAAUAUUGGGGGAGCUCUCCGAUUUGUGAGGCACAGUGUCUUCACUUCCUCCACUGGCAGUAGAAGACUAGAAGAUGUGCCCCAGAUUUUAAUUCUGUUAAGUAGCAAACCGUCCACUGAUAAUGUAAGAGGCCCAGCUUUUGCUCUUAAAGAGCACGAAAUUGUGUCUGUGGGGGUUGGAGUUGGAGAUGCCAAGCUUUCAGACUUGGAAAUGAUUGCCUUCAAACCUGGUUUCACAUACAAGGUCACUGAUUUCUCUAUGUUGCCCUCAAUACAAACACAACUGGUUACUACAUUGAACAUAAACAAAGACACUGAGGGGACCAUGACUGGAAUCUCUGAUUUAAUAGGUAAGAAUACAACAUUUGAAUAUAUGCUUAUCAAUAAGAGGGAUAUAGUGUUUCUCCUUGAUGGGUCGGAUGACUCCAGAAGUGGUCUACCAGCUAUUCGAGAGUUCAUUAGAAGAAUGGCAGAAGAGCUGGAGAUUGAUGAAAAUAAAGUUCGAGUGGCUGUUGUACAGUAUAGUAAUGACACUACAGUUUACUUCAACCUGAAAACUCAUAAAUCUAAAAGAGCCAUCAUCUAUGCGGUAAGAAGUCUUCGCCAUAAAGGAGGAAGACCGCGGAACACUGGAGCUGCACUACAGUUUGUGCAAGAUCAUGUAUUCACUGCUACAUCUGGAAGCAGACGACUGGAGGGAGUCCCUCAGAUUCUGUUUUUACUGACUGGAGGGAAAUCCAAUGAUGAUGUCUCAGGAGCUGCAUCGGACCUAAAACAAAUUGGUGUUCUAUCUUUUGCCAUUGGACUGAAACAUGCAAAACAGGAGGAGCUACAGAAAAUUGCCUUCUCUUCCAGAUUUCUUUUCAACCUGCCUGUCUUUGGUGAACUUUUGUCCAUUCAGCCGGAGAUAGCGGCAUUUGUCCAGGCGGAAAUACAAAUUGAGCCUCCUACUGUUGUAGGUAAGAAAGACAUAAUGUUUCUGUUGGACGGGUCAGAUGACACACGGAGUGACUUCCCAGCAAUCAAAGGUUUUAUCCAAAGAGUGGUAGAAACACUCAGUGUUGGUGAGAACAAAGACCGUGUCUCUGUGGUCCAAUAUAGUAGAGAUCAACAAACACAUUUCAGUUUGAACACCUAUACAGAAAAACAAGAUGUUCUUGAUGCUGUCCAGCAGUUGAAACAUAAAGGUGGAAGACCCCUCAACACUGGGGCAGCUCUUGACUAUGUGAGGAAAACUGCUUUAGCUGACUCCUCUGGGAGUCGGCGUCAAGAAGGUGUCCCUCAGAUAUUAAUUCUGUUGAGUGGGGGAAGAUCUCAAGAUGAUGUUGCAAGUGCUGCUGCGGCACUUAAACAGGACAAAGUUGUUCCAUUUUGUAUAGUUUCUGCAGUUACAACUGAAUCCAUUGAACAUGAUAUUGUGUUUUUACUGGACUCCUCGGAUGAAAUGGAAAAUGAAUUUGAAGCAAUGCGUGGCUUUGUUGAGAGAAUGGUGGAGAAACUUGAUUUGGAUGAGAACAAAGAUCGUGUGUCAGUGGUGCAGUACAGCAGAGCACCUUCUGUUGAAUUUUUUCUAACCACAUACAAAACACAGCAGAAUGUUAGUGAUGCUGUGCGAAGUCUGAGGCAUAAAGGUGGCAGACCCCUCAAUACGGGUGAAGCUCUCCAGUACAUCAAAGAUAACGUUUUCACAGCUUCUUCUGGAAGUCGGCACCACCUGCAUGUCCCCCAGAUUUUGGUUCUCUUAACUGGUGGACAGUCCAGUGACGAUGUCAGAAAUGCUGUAAAAAACUUGAAAGAAAUUGGUGUGGUGGUAUUUGUGGUGGGAACAAAGAAUGCAGAUACCCUUGAGAUUCAGUCAAUUUCAGAGGAAGCCAGUCAUGCUUUCUUUGCAGCAGAUUUCAGUGACCUUUCAAGCAUUGAACAACAAAUAUUUUCUGCAAUCAAGAAGGGUGAAACUGCUGGUAUCAAACCAGCAUCAUAUGAUAACAACAAAAGAGAUGUUGUUUUUUUGCUUGAUGGCACUGAUGAUUCUCAACGAAGAUUCCCUGAUAUAAGAGACUUUGUGCAGAAAAUAGUGGCGGACCUAAACAUUGAUGCAAACAAAGAUCGUGUGGCUGUGGUCCAAUUCAAAGAAAAGUGA